GUCGACGUUCACGCACAAAAUACAAGUAAUGGGCUCAAUUACAAUUUCUGCAGUAGGAAACAGGGCUCCGUCUUUUGCACGCUCCAAGCUUCCGCUUCAAGUCCAAGUUUCCGCUGAAGACACGGUCGAGGACGUCAAAAAGAAAAUUGCCGCGAAAAUUUCCGGAUUCUACGCCGCGCGACAGAGACUCGUUCUGAAAUCCGAUACCACAAAGGCACUCGCGGACGAAACGAAACUGAAAGACGUAGGCCUUGUGGACGGUGGAGAGUUGGAAGUAAAGGAUCUAGGACCACAGAUUGGAUGGAGGACUGUAUUUGUCGUCGAAUAUAUGGGACCACUCUUAAUCCAUCCCAUCAUGUUCAGCUUCCCUCAACUGUUCUUCGGAAGACCGGUCGUACAUAGCAACUUGCAGAAAUUCUCUGUCGCUAUGGUCACUCUCCAUUUUGCGAAACGCGUAUUGGAGUCUAUCUUCGUUCACCGUUUCUCUCACGGAACUAUGCCUCUGAGUAAUAUCUUCAAAAACUCUGCCCAUUAUCAUAUACUUUCAGGUGUCUUUCUUGCCUGCGACCUAUAUCGUCCUGGCUAUUCGGCUACAAGUCCUUACAUUAAGGGUACUCAAAAGAAUGACGAGACAUACUUGUGGACCUUUGCCUCGGUUUGGGCUCUGUUUGAACUCCUCAACCUCUCCGCUCAUCUCACAUUGCGCAAUCUACGGCCUGCUGGCACAAAGAAGCGUGCUAUUCCAUACGGAAUCGGUUUCUCGCUCGUUUCUUGCCCAAAUUAUUUCUUUGAAUCGAUGGCUUGGUUGACGCUCUCUGUUAUGACCGGAAGCUACGCUGCAUACUUUUUCACGGUCGUUGGUACCGCUCAGAUGCUUUCUUGGGCGUUGAAGAAGCACAGGAAUUAUAAGGAAGAGUUUGGGAAGGAGUAUCCUCGAAAUCGAAAGGCCAUGUUCCCAUUCAUCAUUUGAUAAUUAAAGACUCUGGCGAUCGCUCGGAAAAUACAAUCUUUGACCUA